CCACCCCCGCCCCCAUGGCCAGACCUCUCUGCAGCCGGGGAGCUGAAAGGCGCCUCCUGUGGAGUCCCAGGAGGCGGCGGUGCGACGUGGGCCUUGUGGCUGGGGAGCGAGCAGGACGUCCCUGAGCCUCAGGCCCGGCUGGGCCGUCUCUACCUGUACAGCUGCAAUGACCACUCUGCUUGCUCUGUGGCUGAGAUCCAGAGAACAGACACGGCUGCCAUCCUGGACAUGAAAUGGUGCCAUGUCCCGGUGGCCGGCCAUGCCCUCUUGGCUGUGGCUGAUGCUGAUGGGCUCAUAGGGCUGUACCAGCUGCUGGGAUCCAAGGAGACCACCUACACCCUGCAGCCGUUUGCCAGCUUUGCCCUGAGCAAGCAGUGUCUGGCCUUGUCCCUGGAUUGGUCCACUGGGAAGGCGGAAAGGACCAGUCACCAGCCCUUAAAAAUCAUCAGCAGCGACUCCAAGGGCCAGCUGCACCUCCUGAAGCUGGACGAGGCGGGGUCCGGGCUGCACGAGGUGGCCACCUGGCAGGCCCACAGCUUCGAGGCCUGGAUUGCAGCUUUCAAUUACUGGCAGACGGACGUGGUGUAUUCAGGUGGGGACGACGGCCUGCUGAGAGGCUGGGACACCAGGGCACCUGACACACCUACGUUCACCAGCAGGAGACAUCGCAUGGGGGUGUGCAGCAUCCAGAGUAACCCCCACCAGGAGGGCAUCCUGGCCACGGGGAGCUACGACGAGCACGUUCUGCUGUGGGACGCGCGGGACAUGACGCAGCCGUUCGCAGACGUGCCUGUGCAGGGCGGGGUGUGGAGGCUCCGGUGGCACCCCCUGCAAAGCCACCUGCUCCUGGCGGCCUGCAUGCACGGUGGCUUCAGCGUCAUCGACUGCCAGCAGGCCACGGAGAAGAAGCAGGACACGUGCACGAUCUCUGUGUCCCACACGCUGCCCAGCUCCCUGCUGUACGGGGCCGACUGGUCCUGGCUCACCUUCUGCCGUCAGCCCAAGGCCCAGCCAUCAUCCCCCUCAGGGUCCUUGUCCGGCAGCGACCCAGGAGCCGGAACAGAAGACGAGGCUGGAGACCAGGGGCCGGGACCUGCCUGUCCUGACAGUCCAACCGACGACGGGAGUGGAAGCAAGGAAAGGACUCCUCCCCGGCCGUCCACAGAGGACGUGAGGAAGGGCAGCAGCCAGCUGCACAGCCCAAGGACCAAGAUCUGUGUCUGUGACUCGGGCAUGGAAGCAGACCCUAACAUCCACCUGCUGGCCACUUGCUCCUUCUACGACUGCGUUCUUCACCUCUGGGGGUGGGAGAGCAGCUGAGCCGGGGGGCAGGCCCCGGCUGGGGAUCAUAAAGACCGUGCCGUGAA